AUGGUUCCCACGCCUCUCUCUUUCACCCUCCACAUCAUCCUCGAUGACGCCCCUGGUGGACGUCUGAUAGCUCUUUCGACAUCCUUCACAUUCUGUGGCUCUCUUUUCCUUCUCAUUGCCCUGGAUAAUCUCUUGCCAGGAGCUACAAGGUAUGUUGCCAUCCCUACACCUUCUGAUGCCUCUAACGCCUCUCUCCUUCACCCUCCACAUCGUUCUCAACGACGUGCUCGCUAUCCUGCUUGUUUACAGUCCAAAUCUCUGCCUUCCUUCAAUGCUCAUAUUCUCAAUGGACGUCUGAUGUCAUCGUUGAGAUCAUCUGUGGUUCUCACGUGGGUCCUUUUGGUCUACGCCAUCAUUACUCCAACCUCGUUCCACACUACCACCAUCAUGGUCCCCCCGAGAAAACGGAUGUCAACAUCUUCGAGGGUCACCAUGACUCUUCUCAGUAGUUCUAUGGAUCUUUGUACUACCAGAUCGUCACUCUCUCAGAUACGAGAUUUGCGGCUUCGUAGGGAGCAAGAACAGCACCAGAUUCGAGACAAUUCUCGACGUAUGCAGGAGCUGCCCGCUGAAGCCCAGUUGGAGGCUGGGCAUGAUUCCUUGGAGACCAUGGACUUUGGAGACGAGAUUGACAAUGGCAGAGAUGAGUUCACUGAGGACAAGCCUGUGGGUGGCCCCCUUCUAUCUGAAUUUUUCAAGACAUGCUCUCAAGAACAAUACAUAUUUUUUCCCCCUCUACAUGGUAUCUAA